UCGGAGGGCGCACAGCUCUCGAUCUUCACCUCUCCUUAGUCUGUACGGGAGUUGCAGCAAUGAGACAAGACUGUAACUACCAAUUGGAUACCACAAAAUUGGGGAGAAAACAGGUUAAAAAACAAAAAUAAAUAAAAAUGAUACAUGAUCCAUUGUAUGACCAUCUUAAAACAAUUCCAUAUGUCAGUUUAAGGCCCUCAAAUCUGGGGAUUAUCAUGUAAUAAAUCUCCUAGCUGUUGUUAGGCACGAGGUGGAGUUAUCAUGAUAAAUCCUGGGUUCUCAUGCCUUAUUGCUGAAACAAAUCUUGUUUUAGCCUUAUCAAGUACAAUUGUUGCUUGAUUCCAUAAUUUGUAUCGGUUUGCAUUCGUUUCAAUGGGGGACUUUUAUUUGGAAGCCGAAUCGCAGAUUCCACUAUUGUUUCUCACAACACGUCAACAUUAACAUCGAGUUGAGGAAUUUUGUUUCAUCAUCAUGAGCAUCCUGGACCAAACACAGAGACAGAUUGCUCACCGGUUACUUUUUCCAUAGGAAGACCAGGCCCUGGGCGGGAGAUGACCAAAGAGGAUGUCCCAGUGCCAGAGUCUUCAGAGGGGGACUCUGACCUGGGCCGUCACAGCACAUUGUCCCACAGUGGUGUAGCACGCCCCACCAUCCACCAGGUGGCCUCGGCCCCCAUGCCCACUGACUGCGAGUUCUCCUUCUUUGACCCCGAGGAGCCCCAAUGCAGGGAGGUGCUGUUUGAGUCCAGCACCACGGUACCGGAGCUGUUCGCCGUACUCAGGCAGUGGGUGCCCCAGGUCCAGAAGAAUAUCAGCCUGAUCGGCAAUGAGAUCCUAAAGAGAGGCUGUGGUGUGAAUGACCGAGAUGGCUUGACCGACAUGAGCCUCCUGCACUACUGCUGCAAGGCGGGGGCACCCGGCAUAGGUGACGCAGACAUGGCGGCCAGCUUCGCCCAGCAACUCCUAUCCCUGGGGGCGGAGCCUGGUCUGCGGUCGCGGUGGACCAACAUGAGUGCCCUGCACUACGCCGCCUACUUCGAUGUGCCCCAGCUCAUCCGGGUGGUUCUGCACGCCUCCCAGCCCGGGGAGGUAGACACCACCUGCAGUGACUUUGACUUCGGCACGGCCCUGCACAUUGCCGCCUCCAACCUGUGCUCCUCUGCAGUCAAGUGUCUGCUAGAACUGGGAGCUAACCCCACCUUCAGGAACGAGAGGGGCCAGUGUCCGGCCGACGUGGUGUCCGAGCCCUUGGACAUGCUCUUGGAGAUGGCGGACGCCGCCGCCCUGGCCAAGGAGCUGCGCAGCCUGCUGAGGGAGGCCCUUCCCCGGCCCUGCGCCCCCCUGACCCUCCCUGCCCAAGCACCAUCAGGCCUCUCCGACAAGGCUCGGCUCCAGCUCAUCACCAUGGGCAUCCAGCUGGGCAACCGCGUGGUCAUCGCUGGUCAGAAGGUGGGCACUCUACAGUUCUGCGGCAGCACCGAGUUCGCCGGCGGUCUUUGGGCCGGCGUGGAACUUGACCAAGCGGAAGGGAAGAACGACGGAUCCGUCGCUGGAGUCCAGUACUUUUCCUGCCGCCUCAAACACGGGAUCUUUGCACCCCUGUCCAAGAUCAGCAAACCCUCAGAGCGAUGCAAAGCCAGCCCCCAGAGAAGUGCCACCCCCAUACGGCCCACUCAGCGCAUCAACCUGUCGCGCGUCACCUCCAAGAUCAACACAGGUGCUCUCUCUCGUUCCCUCUCUUCCUCUUCAUCCUCCAUGGACUCCAGACAUGACCUGGCUGUGCAACCUCAGCCGUUGCAACGGCCUCCCGCAAGGCAGCGGCGGGGACGGCUUCAACCCAGCUCCAAAACCAUGCCCCCUCCGACCCGGUCUAAUCCCAGCCUCAUUGUACCCCGGAGCCGGACUCCCUCGGCCAGUAGCUCCGUGUGUGACGGGCCCGAGGUGCGCCUAGGGGAGAGGGUGUUGGUGGUGGGCCAGAGAACAGGGGUGGUCCGCUUCUACGGCAAGACCAACUUUGCCCCAGGGUUCUGGCUGGGGAUCGAGCUGGACAAGCCCAGCGGGAAGAACGACGGCUCGGUUGGCGGGGUGAACUACUUCAGCUGUCCUCCCAAACAUGGUGUCUUUGCCCCUCCAUCGCGUGUAGAGAGGAUCCAUGGCUCUAUGGAUUGUCUUUCAGAGCUGUCCUCCUCACGUCUCAACCGUCCUUUUGCCAGAAUCAGACGCAGCUUCAGCACGUCGACGGCCAUCGCUGCCCAGAAGGAGCAGAGCCAGAAGAGUCCCGUCAACAGGUCACGUUCCAACUCCCACCGUCGGCGCUGGAGCACCCUGAGUGGUGGCUGGGGCCGAGGUGGAACAGGAAGCUCCGGAGGAACCACUGCCACCACCACCACCUCCUCUGGCUCGGACGCCUCAGUGCGCCUCCACCUGGGCAUGCAAGUGCUGCUGAGCAGCGCGAACGAGAUGGCUCUGAUCCGCUACGUGGGCCAGGCUGACUUCGCCCCAGGCCUGUGGCUAGGGCUGGAGCUGCGCACCGCCAAGGGUAAGAAUGAUGGCCAGGUGGGCGGCCGCCGCUACUUCACGUGCCGCCCGGACUACGGCGUACUGGUGAGGCCCAGCCGUGUCACCUAUCGCGGCAUUAAUGGUGCCCGGCUCGUGGACGAGAACAGCUGAGGACACUAGGACCCAGGGGGUUGGGUUAGGUGGGUGGGAAAGCAGUAGAGCGAGCAUAUUGGAGAAAAGUUUCUGUAUGUUGUUUUUUUAAUUUUUGGGGUGGGGUUGUUUAGUGAUUUUGCUUUGUUUGUUUUUUCUUGGGUGUUGUGUUUGUUUCUUUUGCUCCUUGAAAUGUCCCCCAAAAACAACACUACCUAAUUAGUUAUUAUUAUAUACAUUUAAGAAAUGUUUUAUUUUAAGAUGUAUGUUAAGGUGGUGUGGCCAGCCUACAUUUUAACUACACAUCAGCUAGUUUGCCCUAUUUACUUGCUGAUUUACCUGUUUUGUUUUACCUGUUUACUUUCUGUUUUACCUGUCUACUCUACCCGUUGACCAUCAAUGGACACUAGAAAACUAGAAAUUACUUUUCAAAUUGAGACUGCUAGAGUUGUCAUGCUAUUGAACAUACUGUAGGUAUGAGGCAACAUAAGCUUUGAUUGUCAUAGAUUGGUUUGGUAGGGUGAAAUAAAAUAAUUUUCAGAAAUAUUUAUACUUAUAAUUAUACUGUGUGAUAUGAUUUAAUUGAUGGAAAUGCACUUGAUUUAUGGAAGAUAUGUAUAAAUCAGAUACAGUAAAUUAAUACUUCCAUUCUUCCGUAAGCCCCCUCACUGUACUGUAUGUAGAGAUUUGAACUGAUAUCAAAGCUAACCUGGUCAGCAACUCAGCUAAGCACCUUAAUGCAAGACAAUGUCCUGGUACAGAGGUACUAAAAUAUCCCCGGAUUUGAGCACUUUGGAGUAAAUGGAUAAGGCUGUUUGUAAUGAUAAUGCAGGGUUAUCUGGGAUCACUGCUGACUGUCCUAAUGGAGCGAGAAUGUGCACAGUGUUUGGCCAACACUGAAUUUGCAGUCACUGCCAACUUGUGCUGAAUUGCUAAUUGACCAUCAUCUCCUACACCCUAGGCACUGCUGUGGAUCUGAGCGGAUUGGAUGGGUGGAAGCAAGAUGGUAAUAGCUUCACCUUGCCUUCUGAUUGGCUGGGUAGAAAUAUUGCUUAUACCAAUCAAUCUGUUUCAGAUCUACAGGAGUGCAUAAAGGAGAUGAGCUAGGGGUUGAUUUGGAAUUCAGCCAUUAAUGCUAUGGCACCACUUGAGUACUGGUAUAGUGCUGUCAAGUGAUGCCAAUUUAUACAAAUAUGGUCCUACACUGACGUGACACUUAUUGGACUAUUGAUGUAUGCUACCUACUUUUGGUCAGAUUGGACACCCCACUGGCUGUGUGACAUAAGAUUUGUCUAAAGAUAAUUUCCAUCAGCACGACUGCUAAUGACGUCUAUUAUGUCGUCCUUAUGACAAAAUGCUUUGUGAAAGCUGAUUUACGUGAAGCGCAUUCCAAAGUUAUAUACCGAUAAAGAUUACAGUCUUGACAAGUCAGCAGGCAACAAGCUAUUGAUUGUAUCUGUGCAGAAAAAAAGAGACCUUAUUUAACAAAAGCUCCAUGCGCCACCCAAUUAAAAAGGUAGAACGCAACAGUAGCUCGGAUGCUGAAUGUGAUGUACCAUUGAUCGGUCUGGUUGGGCCCUAUGCAAUUGAAAUGUGUUGGCAGGACGAAUCAUGGUUGCCUGAGAUAUUCACCUGAGGUUUGGAGAUGAAAGAAGCUAGGUGGUAUGAAUGCUAAUUCAACUGCUCUUCUCUUAUCUGCAGUCAGUUCUGUUAUUUCUGUAACAGUUAUUGUAGUAACAGCCAGGUCUGUUACGGUCAUUGUUGUCACAUUUCUGUAAGAGUCAUUCCCUUAACAGUCAGUUCUGUUAGUCAUUCGUAUGACAUUUCUAUAACAGUCAUGCAACAGUAAUUUCUGUUAUGGUCAUUGCUGUAACAUUUCUGAAAACAGUCUUUGCCAUAAGAGCCAGUUGUGUAACAGUCAUCAGUCGCCUUUACAGUCAAUUCUGUAACAAUGUUACUUAGUACGGUUGGGUUUUAUAAUGACGUCUUAGACGAUACAUUAUCGGAAAGCCCGAGUUAAAAUGCACUUGAAUGUCAUUGGUUGCAUGUGUGUGUGUGUGCAGCAAACGGUUUUGUUUUUAUUUCUGGUCAUGUCCCUUGUGUACAUUUGGAAUAAUUUGUGUGUGUAGUGAAAGGGUUUCAGUGUGGAAUAGUGGCACAUAGUGUAAAAAUGGUAUUUGUAAAAUGAAUAAAGAUUCUAUUCUAAUUUCA